AGAAAAAGCGUCACACUCUGGCCGCGAGACCACAGAAGAUAUUUCAUAUUGACUCGUAAGAUAAAGCGCAUCAAACAGCUGCAGUAACCCUGAUCCACACGACACCAUGGCCUCCAACAUCGAUGAGAUGACGGUGGCGGUCGAUCUGACGCCGUUUGAGGCCGAGCACUGGAUUGAGCACGGGAUCGAGCCGAUCGAUUUAGAACAGAUCGGGGACAAGGACUUUUUGAACCAGCACGAGAAGAUCGACAAGCUUUCCGCGCAGGCACAUUACCAGGCGGAGGACAAAACGGAUGAGUUUAUCGUGGAUUUGAUCAACACGCACGAGAAAAUCCCGGUGUUGAUCCACAAUUUGGUCACCAUCGAGACCUGGAAGGAAUUUGUCCUCUUCAACGGGGACAAGACAAAGACCGGGACAAGUUCUAGCGCGUCAUCUACUUCGAGUUCUUCCUCCUCCUCGAAGAAAAAAUCUGCAAACGAAGACUGCAGCUUCUUCAAGGAACACAUCGCCGGGCUCUCUUCCCUGCGCUCCUACGUUCCGGUGUACGCGGAAGCGAGCCUGAUUUCCUUGCUGGAGAUGUGUCUCUACCACAGCCAGUCCUGCGACACGGCGGGGGAUUCAUUGGUAUAGAUUUACUUACAUAAGAAGGUGCUGAUGUUUGUCAUGCAUAAAGUUCAGUCUAGGAUAGUGUUUUGCCUCGAUCCUCUACAUGACAAGUUUUCAUCUAUGAUUAUCAAACUUUAUCAGGUCGACCUGGUGGAUUACGUGUACCGCAAACUGACCUACCUAGUCCAAGUGCCCAACAAGGACCUCUAUUCCUGGCCGCCGAGCUAUGGAAGCGUCAGAACCGAAAUCGUCAAAGUUGAAAUAGUUUGUGAUGCAUAAAAUGCAACGCAAAAAUUGCCCCUAUUGCAGAGGACGCAAGGGAUGCAGAUUGCAAGCGUGUUUAGGUGUAGAAAUUGAGCUGCUAAAGUAGCACGACAAAAGGCGUCUUCCUUACCCAAACAGCAUUACGAACUGGAUUUCAUCAGUUCCACCCAAAUUUGUCAUGCGCCACUUGAAAACUAGGCGCCAACUAGUAUCCGUUUUAUGCAUCACAAACUAUUUCAACUCUGACGGUUUCGAUCCCGACACUCCCAUACGAGCUCCGCGAAGGAGGCCAUGGCGAAAUCGGAGGUGGAGUGCUUGGACGAACAGUACAAGGACAUCGAAUUCCAAAUCUGCAUGAGCGCGUUGAACGUGUGCCGCUACUUGACCGACCACCGACAGCAUUUGCCGAUCACGUUGACGACGAGAUUAUUGGACAACCACGACGUACUGCUGACCUUAGUCCCUUUGAUGGAAAAAGCGCCCUGGGUGCGGAAGAGACGAGGGGAAUUCGAAAAGUUCGACAAAAACGAGUGGAAAGUGGUAUAGGAUGUUUAUGCGGUUGAUGUUCUUGUUUACCGAAAUGUUUCUGUGUCAUUCAGCAUGAGCGUGCUGCAUCACAGAGGAGCGUAUACUUUGCUUCUGUAUGCAUGACAAAUGCUCCGAGAGUGGAUGCAUUUCGAAUGGACGCAUGCUCCGAGAGUGGAUGCAUUCCGUAUACUUUGCUUCUGUAUGCAUUUCGAAUGGACGGCUUCGCAGCUACGUUGUGAUCGACAAACUGAGAUCGACGAUAAUAGUUGCGUUGCUGGUCCUGUGCCAGUCGCGGGGCAUGUUCGGGUGUUCCGGGCUGUGCAAUGCGCACCCCUCGGACCCCGCACCCCCCCGGGCUCAGUAGCGCAGUCUGUUAAGCAUGACAAAUGCUCCGUACAUUUUUACUGUAUCAGAUCCACGAGGACGAUCUGUGCACGCUUCCCAAGCUGUCCUCCCAACUGUGGCUGACGAUUUACAACCUGGUGAUGGACCCGCAGUGCCUAUGCAUUGCAAAUAUGUCUGGGUCUGGAUGAAACUUGUGACGCAAAUCUGCGAAUUGUGGGCGCACUGCCAUAUGCAGCCCAGCAUGACAAGUUUUUGCGCUGCAGUGUGUUUCGUUUUUCGCAUGACAAACUGCGUUUUUGCAUCACAGGCAAGAGGCCCUUUUCCUGCUCAUGCAUCACAGAUUUAAGAGUCAUGCCAGACAAGCAUCACAAACUUGCACUUUUCCAGACCCAGACAUAUUUGCAUGUGAUAGUGCCGACAGCGGUACGAUAUGCGCUCGCACCGGAAGGAUAAUUUGUUGAAAUUACGACGGUUCCUGAACGAAAUCGUGUUUGACCAAAUACCACCGCUGGUAGAGUUACUCCGGACGUUGGAAGAGCUGUCCAUCACCGGGCACUACACGCAGAUGACGCAACCCACGCUGCCCGGACAGCAGAGAGGUACUAGGGUUUUGUGUUUUUUUCUUCAGGUACUUGUACUAUAGCGCCGUUACAGUGCAUGACAGAUGCGGUUAUUUCUCAUGCGUAUGUUGAUUGCAUUCCAACUUCACGUACACAGACAACACCGACCAAAUUUCCUCUGCCUUUUUCGUGGAACUGGUGGCCGAGAUUCGGGAGGCGCUGCUACAGACCUACAAGGGCCAGUGGAAGCAGAUCGCGACGCAGUAUGCAUUGCAGAAGUAUUGUACUACGUAUAAAUUGCAGCCGCGCAUGACAAAUCUAGUUUCUGUACCUAAUUCAGCAUUACAAAUCCCACUUUUGUUCUUCACAGAAUUUGUCAUGCGAUUUCUACGUAGUGCUAGUGCGAUGCUUUUGUAAUGCAUACACAGCAGAUGGAGACGAUUUUCACCAAGGAAACGAAGGAGGAGAUGCAGAGACUGCAGGACAUGAUCGCCAUCCCGCGGUUGGAGGAGGAUCCGGAAAACGAGCAUUUGUUGAAAAACGAAAUAUGCAUUGCAAAUAUGUGGUCGGCGCCUGGAAACUUGUAAUGCAGGUCAGCGAAUAGUAUGUAGUGAGGUCACCGAACGGUUCUAACCGGGGAGUUUUUUUGACAUAUACCCUGAAAAACGACCGGCAGUUUUCAAGCGGCCGGAAGCGUUCUUUGACAUAAAAGAUUUCCAAUUAUUAAGCGGCCGGGGCUUUGAAGUCAAACAAGCCCGGUCGAAAACUAUCGAUUCGCACUUGAUAAAACGACGCAGGGGAGCCGGCAAAAGGGGCGCCCUUCUGCGGCGCCCACCGCCUUGGUUUCUGGCGGUUUGGGCCGCCCAAAAAGGGGCGCGCAAAAAACUCGCCCAAAGUCAGAACAGCGAAACAGCAUGGCACGGCCGCGAUUUUGGAGCAUUUUGGGCGGCCGCGAAAGCGGCCGCCUUUUCGCCGGUUUCAGAGCCUGGGAAGCUUUGCAAAAAGCGCCGGAGGGAAAUAUAGAAACGCGAAAAAGAAAAAGCGCCCCGGACGCGCAAAGCCAAUCCGCAUGCUAUGGGCCCGAUUUUCCUUCGCUUUUUGGGCGCCCCCCGUGGCGCCCGGAUCGGCUCCAUAGCAUGGGGGCUAGCUUUCGGAAAGGAAUUUCGGAGAUUUGCCAAAGGCUGCGACGUUUAUCGAGCGGCCGCCAUACCGUGCGGCCUAACGUUACUCACGGCGGCAUGGCGAGCCCAAAAAAAGCAAGGCCGCGGCCAAGGCGAUGGCCGGCAAGAAAACGCCCACAACCUCACUACCUCCGCCCCGGCGGCUAUAUUUGGUAAGCACACUGUACUAAUUCACCGCCAAGCAUGACAGAUUUUUUCGUGUCUCUGUGUUGUGUAGUCCGCAUGAGAAACUGCGUUGAUGCAUGAUAAAUAUUAGACCAGUGGAACUCUACUUUGUGGCCACGCAAUACAGAGCUCAGAGUCAAAUGCCAGACUAGCACGACAAAUCUCGCAAUAUUUCCAGACGCCGACAUGUUUGCAAUGCAUACGAACAGUUUGGCGACGACAAAAAAUCCAUGGACGAGUGGAUCAAAGAGGUUGCGAAGGAACGGGGAAUCGAUAUGGACGACGUGGAGAACGCGAAGGUUGGUGAUGGUUCGGAUUCAACCGCUAAGGGAGUACAAAUGUCAACUUCUAAAAGUGAAGAAGACACGACCGGAACAAGUUGUAAUACUAGAGCCGCACCUCCGGUCGUGAAAGAGAAGGAGAAGCUUGUGAAGCAGGCUUCCGUCGUAGGAGGUACUGGUGGUGGGGGAGGGAAGGCGAGUAGUCAUGAAAAAAUUCCGUUGAGUUCUUACGAAGAUGUGAAUGCGAUGGAUUAGUGGGGUUUGUUGAUUCAUCGGAAAAGAGAAUCUAGCUCCAAAACGAAAAGUAUGCUGAAAGUAGAAAGCGACAGCAAAUAACGCAUGUAAGUGCUUUG